AUGCAUUCUGUCAGCCCCUUCGAAGAGGCAGUCUUUGAACCUUCACCUCAAUUGAUGUUUCCUUCUCCGGAUGGUAAUCAAUAUAAUCUACCGGGCAUGGGUGAUAUGUCUCAUUUCUCGCCGCAUCACAGUCCGGACGAUUCGAUCGGUGCGCCAUUAAUCCCUCAGCAAUCGAGCUACCCGUCUCUUUUCCGUUCUAGCGUGGAAAUCCCCCGUUUCUUUGUGGCAUAUAGAUGGUGGGAGGAUGAAGCAACCACAGUUCUUUGGGCAUUUGAUGUCCAGGAGAUCAAACGGGUGAUCCGAUACGGACUGUUUCGCGAUGGGAGUCUCCCGCGAACGGCUCUCCAGAGUCGCAACGCCACCACUAUCGAUACUUUCCUCUUAACACUUGUUGAACCUCAUGAGCGGCUAUUCCUUGCCAAUCUGUCUCAUGUCCAAAAGGUUGAGGAGAUUCUCCGUCGAACCAGUGUGACCAGCUCCCCGCUUAUGGCCUGGAGCUGGUUUCCAUCGCUGCAGGACAGUGAACUAGACCCUCGUGCGAUUGCAGUGGCGAUUGAUAGUGAAAGCCAUCUCCAUUUCAAUCGAAUCUCCUUUGAGGAGUGGGUGCGUUACUCCCUAGGAUACUCUGCCGCUGCCGUGGAAUGGUUUUUCCAGCAACACACAGCAUUCUACAUCCAUCUUCUCAAUUAUCUGCAUUCAUUCCCCGAGGAAGUCGGGAGGUACGUGGAGGUUGAACAGCACCUACGAACCCGAAGUCCCUUUGCCCACCGGGCUUUAGUUCGGUGUUUGCUCCAUGUGCAGGCUGAAGGAAGCAGUGACAUGCCCUUGGCCCCCGCCCCGGGAUUUGAUUUUAUCGCAGGUCCAAUUCAAAGGCUAUUCAAGAACUCACCACCAAGUCUCAAGUCGAUCUUGAAGGUUCUCUCCGUAUUGGGGGCCCGAUUUCGACGAACAUACGUGCACACCCCGGAAAUGAACUGGAAUAAAGCUUUUGACACAGAUGCUACAUUUAUUGAAGAUUUAUUGGCCUCGACUUCGGCAUUGGAUUUUGGACGCACGUUGACAACCUUUGACGAGAGUACUUUCGCGGAGCUGAACGAACAAAGUAUUGUCACCAACAACUCAGCUGUCAAGGGCAUUCUUGUACAAUGGGAUUCACUGAGCAUGGCAGUUUGGGAGUGCUGCUCUGCUCUCCCUGAUCUGACGCCAUAUAUUUUGGAGUGUUUGGAAGCUUUAUUUAUGAUUCGGAACUACCACUCGUUGACAGCCAUUCUCAAUGGUAUUCAAAAGUAUAGCAUUUCUACUUUAUCAUCUGGCACUACCAGCGGUACUACUAGCACCGUUACAAUCGAACAAAUUCUUCCUCCCGAAUCAACCUACCUAUUGGACUCUUUCGAAAACUACGCCGCAUACCGGCAACAAUUUCACGAAGCUCCUGGAAUACCUUUCCUGCUACCUCAUAUUCGGGACUUCAAACAGAACGGAGAGCUAGCAUUACACCAAAUGUUCCAAGACAUGCAAGCUUCUAUCUCUUAA